AUGUCGGGCGCUACGCAAGAUCCGCGACUGCUGUUCAGCGUCAACAAUAUUCGUGCCUUUCACAUCCAAGAUGGCGAGGAAAGCGAGUUGACCCCGUCGGGUCCACAAACGCUCUCGCUGCUGAUGGUGCCAACAACACCUUCUACUCCAACAACAGCACCAGGCGCAGAGACACUAGAGGAGGACUUCUAUCUUCAUCUGUAUCUCCCUCCAGAACUUGAUCUCGCAUUACCGGCGACGACCCAGUUGUUCCAUCAACCACCGGAUAGUUACUUGAUUCCUCGCUGGGACAUGGCUCCCGAUGCUGGUGCUUUUAUUCGAAUCCAAUUCCCUGCCGUCGGGUCUGGUCCUGAUAAGGUGACGCAAGACGAGAUCGACACGUUCGAGACCAUUCUCGCCCAGUGUACGGCCUUCCUCGAUCGGGCCCCGCCCGCAGAGAAGCCGGAUAGCAAGGGCUAUGCGGCGUAUAACCCGGCCGAUUAUGCGCCGGGCGAAGGAUAUAUAUCGUCUAGUGGUGGCAAGGAUACGCAUGGAAAAAUUGUGCUGGUAGACGAGGAGGACGGAAGCGUCGUGGGAGAGCUUGGCGACGGUUACGACGUGGUAGAGGAUCCAGACGUCAAGCCGGGAUCAAAGAGACCUGUUGGUAUUGAGCUCCCCGGCGAGGGUGAGGGCAAUCGUGUCAGUGUCAGCAAUGUCUCCGAAGAAUACCUAGCAAUGUCGCGACACCCUGCAUACAAAAACUCGACUAUUGUUCAGACGUCCGCCACCGCAUCGCGUCUGAUCGUAACGGGGUCCACCUAUCUUGCCAAUGCUAUUACUAGCGGAGCAGAGAGUUUCACGAAGAAGACGAAGCCCAAUGCCAAACCAUUGGCCUUCUCCGAUGCUACACAUGCACGUAUUCGCAAAGUUGGCACCUUCUCCUCCGGCGCUGCAGACCUUUCAUCACGCACUCUUGGUCAAGUAGAAAAGGUAGCACAGAACCUAGGAGCAUCGCUCGCCCGCAAAGAUAACAAGAAGAAAGGCGUGGACCGCAACAACCCGCCUUCAGAUUACAAGCCAGGCGUGCUGAACAAGUCCAUGAUCGCUUUCUCGACAUUAGCCGACGGUAUUCAAGAGGGAGCACGAAACAUGCUCCUUACCAGUUCCGCCGCAGCCAGCACUGUGAUCAGUCACAAGUAUGGCAACGAGGCCGGAGAAGUUGCCACUAACCUGACUGGUGGUAUCAAAAACGUGGGCUUAGUAUACAUUGAUGCUACAGGUGUCAGCCGCCGGGCCAUGCUCAAGUCCGUCGCGAAGGGCAUGGUUGUUGGUCGCAUGCGUGAUGGCAAGCAAGUUGUGGUCGGUGCUGGCGACGGGGGCCAAAUGCCACUCGAGGCCCAGGCCGCGAUGGCCCAGUCUGGCCUGCAAGCCAUGGCGCCCGUGAUGCUGGUCGGCCGACCCCCACACCUCCUCCGGCAUAUGGUGCCCCAGGCACUACAUCACUGGGCGGGACGGCCAUGUCUGGGGGAAAGCGGUAGAAUGGCAGAACAAUAUUAG